AACUGGUCGCGCCUCUGCAGCUGCAACACACGCCGGGACAGUGUGGUUCGGAUGGUGGUUUCAUUGUAGUGUAGCAUCCGUUGUGCAACGAUACGGUCGCAGAUUCGAGUGCGAGUGAAAGUUUUUAUACGGGAUGGGUGAAAGGUACGCCACGAUUGCUGACCAACUGGCCAAAUGGGACCAGGGCCAUCUUCUAACGUUCUGGGAAGAGCUGACGGAGGUUCAACGGACAGGAUUGCUUGAUUCGUUGUCCGAUAGCGUCGAUUGUGCCUCGCUGGAUGAAGCAUUUCGUCGUGCCAUGGCAACCGCCACGUCGACGAAGGAAGAUUUAAACGAAUUGCUAAAACCGCUCGCCCGAGAACGGUACCUAUCGGUGGCUGAGGCUACUGAGAGCGAACUGGAAAACCUAAGACAGGUGGGGCUGGAACAGAUCCGACUGGGAAAGGUGGGCGUUAUUCUGUUGGCCGGUGGGCAAGGCACACGGCUCGGUUCGACCGCUCCGAAAGGCACGUACAAUGUGAACCUUCCGUCGGGAAAACCGCUCUUCCAGCUGCAAGCGGAACGCAUCCGGAAGCUGCAACAGUUGGCCGGAGGCGAGGGUCGCAUCAAUUGGUACAUCAUGACCAGCGAGCAUACGCACACGGAAACGCUGGACUACUUCAAGGAGAACCACUACUUUGGUCUCCCGGCCGAUCAGGUUCGACUGUUCCGGCAGCGCAGUGUUCCGUGCGUUGAUUUCCAAGGUCGCAUACUGCUGGACGAAAAAUGGAAAGUGGCCACCGCCCCCGACGGUAACGGCGGCAUUUACCGAGCCCUCAAGGACGAAGGCAUUCUGGACGAGUUGGAGCGGGCGGGCGUACAGUACCUGCAUGCCCACAGCGUGGACAACAUUCUAAUCAAGGUGGCGGAUCCGGUUUUCGUCGGGUACUGCGUCCGCAAGGGGGCCGACUGUGGCGUGAAGGUGAUCGAGAAGGUACAGCCGGACGAAGCGGUCGGUGUGGUGUGUGAGGUAAAGGGAAAGUACCAGGUGGUGGAGUACAGUGAGCUUUCGACCGAAACGGCCAACCGACGCAAUCCGACCGAUGGCAAGCUAACGUUCAAUGCGGGCAACAUUUGCAAUCACUUCUUCACCACACACUUUCUACGCCGGAUUGCCGACACGACAAUGCCCCUGCACGUGGCCAAGAAGAAGAUACCGUACGUUGAUCCGGCCACCGGUGAACGGCUUAAGCCAAGCGCUCCGAACGGCAUCAAGAUGGAAAAGUUUAUCUUUGACGUAUUUCCGCUGGCGGAAGCGUUCGUGGCGUUGGAGGGCCGACGGGAGGAAGAGUUCAGCGCCCUGAAGAAUGCGGAUACGGCUGGCAUCGACUGCCCGUCUAGUGUGCGGGGCGACAUUUACCGAUUGCAUCGGAAAUGGCUUAUCAAUGCGGGCGCAACCGAAGUGCUUGAUGCAGCCGACGCAUCGUUUGAUUGCGAAAUUUCGCCGCUCUUAUCGUACGCGGGCGAAGGUCUGGAGGCAGCCGCUAGCGGUCAAAGCUUCCGCUGCCCGGUGCAUCUGACCGGUGCCGAUGAGCGGCAAGCGCUCUAACACCCAGCCGGAGCUAAAAAUAAUAUUCCAAGCUAUUGAUCCACGCUGCCAGAUAGAAACGAUGCUGCAAAUGCUACACCGUGUAAUCAAUGGGAGCAACACAAGCGAGCGUGAUAACUGGAGCACCUCUAAUCGGGCCUUCCCAUCGAAUAAUCUCGCGAGUACUGCUUUGCGUGGGGCCGUCCAACCAGGCCACCAAUAGAGUGACGGACAUUAAUGGGGCAGCAGAAAUGAAAAGAAGAGCAAGAGAAUACAUCGAACUGAAAGAUGUAAUUAUCUUAUUAGCGCGCGUAUCGGCGGCAAAGUAAUGUUUUCUUUUUUUUAUCUAAAUGUUGUUUUAUUUAUGCUCAAAGUUCCACAAAAUUGGUCCAAAAACAAAAAAGGGCUAUCGAUUGAUCUGUUCAAGUUAAGAAUCUUAUUUUUUGUUUUUAAUCCCCAAUUCAUCAAUAUGUGCAAUCAAUCCCCCGUGUUGUUAUGUGAGUAGACCAGAAAAAGAACGGACAAGUUUCAAUUUCCAGUCACGACGACGUAUCUCAAUUAACUCGAUUAUUUCGCGCACACGUUUAACCCAAUCCCCCUCCGGUUUUUUUCCAUUCGCAUAUAUUCUGCAUUUAACAUUGUUUGUCUAACGAAACAACACGCAUCUCCACGCAGAGAUAAUAAAGGUUGCCUCACGAAAGGUUCCAACGAAAAAUCGAAAGAGGCCCAAAACAUUCCGAACCACCCCUGUCCCCCCUGUGUGUGUGUUUCGAUAGGAACACGAUCUUCAACGUUCGCAGAAAUGAACAACGAAACACUUUCUAGUGUGGAUCUCGUGACUGAAGUGGACGUCCACGCGCGUUUCACGAUAAUUGUCCACCUCCUUCUUCCCAGUGUAAUUGUUUACAUUGUGCUUGCGACUUAUCGUAAAAGGUAACACGCAAGCAAACCCCGCAAUAUCUUAUAAUCCCCAACCGUCCCCUCCUGCGCCUUUUUGUUUGUUAUCUGUUUAGUUAUAAAUAUUGAGAUGUAGUACAGCUGAUAAAGAGAGAGAGAUGUUCGCAUGAACCGUGUUUUCCUUAGCGUUCAUAUUUAAUGAGAUUUCAUUUACUAUAUACAACUGGUUUCUUAGCUAUGAACCUAGCGCGCAAUAUGCUAUACAUAAGAACAGCGUUUUUACCAUUUUAUGCAUAUUAUAGAUCAAAUAUAUUGGCGGCUUCUUUUAUAUAGAAAACAAUAAA